AACCAACUCUGGACACUCAUUACCGGAACCUAGGAAAAACCGUCUAUACGACCAGAAACCGUGAUCUGUUUAUAUGUGAUGUAUGAUCGUAUCCAGGACAUUAUUCUUGAAUUACAUCAAUAUCUUGAUUGAUUACAUCAGUAACAAAAAACGAAGGAACACAUAUAUUAUUUACGUUUUAAGUAUAUAUCGAAACAAAUUUUGUACUUGAAACGAUAUUAAAACACACAGUUGAAGGUUUUUAGUAAACAAUAUUGUCCAAUAUUUCAUAACCUAUAAUGAGUAUCUUGUAUGAGUUGCUUUAAGGAUUAUAAAAAGCUCAAAUAAAACGAAAUGACUACAAAAAUGGGGAAGAAACAAAUUAUACAGGCUGUAGUUCUUGCAGAUGAUUUUAUAACGAGCUUAACACCUGUACAAGAUAUAUUCCCAACUAUAUUAAUGCCUGUAAUAAAUAUUCCAGUGUUAGAUUAUUUGGUGGAAACACUGAUUAAAUCCAGAGUGCAAGAAUUAUUCCUUUAUUGUAGCAACCAUGUAGAUUUGAUAAGAGCAUACAUCAAACAGAAAAAAUGGUUUAAAAUAUCAGUUUCUUUAAUUGUAUCAGAUACUUGUACUUCUCUUGGAGAUGCUCUUAGAGAUAUUGAUACGAAAGGUUCAAUUCGUGGUAAUUUUAUACUUAUAAGAGGAGAUGCAUUUAUUAAUGCUGAUCUUACCAACCUUUUAAUCAAUCAUUGUGCAAAACUGAAAGAAGAUAAAGGUGCAUCCAUGACCAUGGUGCUAAGAAACAUUGGAUCUAUGAAUGAAUCUUUCUUGAAGCAUGAAUCAUGUUUGGUAGUUUCUGACAAAAGUAGCAGAAAGAUUCUACAUUAUAAUAUAAUACGGAAAGAUUUGAAGAAAGUGAAGUUAGAAUUAAAUUGGUUUUUGGACCAUAGUGAGAUUGAAAUUAAUACUUGUUUUAUGGAUACUCACGUUUAUUUAUGUUCUCCUUCUGUGUUACCAUUAUUCUCUGACAAUUUUGAUUUCCAAACAAUGGAAGAUUUCAUUCGAGGAGUAUUGAUGAAUGAAGAAAUUUUAAAUUCUCGAAUUUAUUGGCAACAAUUAAAUCCUCAAGAUUAUAGUCUGCCAAUUGUAUCAUGGAAUGCAUAUCACACUCUUAACCGAGACAUUCUGAACAGACAUAGUUUCCCACUUACACCAAAUGCUAUUCCAUUUUUAAAAGAUUUUAUUUAUAUGCCAAGAAGCACAUAUAAACAUAAAAAUGCCACCCUUGCUAAAGGUUGUGUAUUAGAGAAAGAUAGUAUAUUGUGUCAAAAUAGUAUUCUUGGGAAUAAUACGUCUGUUACAAGAUCAAUUAUUGGAAAUCACUGUUUGGUAGGGUCUAAUGUAACAAUUAAGAAUUCUUAUAUUUUGUCAGAUAGUAAAAUUGAAGAUAAUUGUACUAUUGUAAAUAGUAUAGUAUUUCCAAAUUGUUUUAUUAAAGAAAACACACAAAUAAGUGGAUGUAUAUUAUGUCCUAAAACAAUUAUUCAUACUCCAAAGGAAUAUAUCGAUUCUAUCAUAGAAUCAGAAAAUGACAAAAUUUCUAUAAAAACAAUAUCAGAAAUUGACCCAUGUAAUGAAUUUCAACUCUUUAAGAAUUAUGAUACACUAGAAAAUGAUAAUUAUGUGCCUAUAAAUACAGAUACAUCAAGUAUUGAUGAAGGUUCUGAAUGUAAUUUUAUUGCAGAUGACACAAGCUUGUUCUUAUCUGAGGUUAUUGAUAGCUUAUUAAGAGGUUUUCAAGAUCAACUUAACUGUGAAAACUUAAUUUUAGAAAUAAAUUCAUCAAGAUAUGCAUACAAUGUCACUAUGAACAAAGUAACAUAUAAUGUUAUUAAAGCCAUAUUAAGUUUACCUUUCCACUAUCUUUCAGAAGAAAAGGAAAUUCUAACUAAUCUAGAUUAUCAUAAAAAUUUAAAACGUGUGGUAACAUAUUUUUAUCCAAUUAUCUUGAAUUAUGUUAAAACAGAAGAUGCACAAGAUGACUGUUUACAUGCAAUAGAAGAGGUUGCAAGUACAACUCAAGAACUGUUACCAUUUUUGCAACUUUUAUUGCAUAUGCUUUAUGAUAGAGAUGUAUUAUCAGAAGAAAAAAUUCUAGAAUGGUAUGAAUCUAAAGAUAAAGAUAUAGAUUCACAUGAGAAGAAUAAAGUGAGAGCAGCAGUACAGCCAUUCAUUAAAUGGUUAGAAGAAGCUGAAGAAGAUUCUAGUGACAGUGAAAAUGAUUAAUCACAUAUUAACAAUUUAUAUAUUCAACAAUUUUGGAAAGGUAUACUUAAAAUUUUCCAUAUAUGAUGAUUAUUGUAAAAAAUAAAUCUUCCUAGCUUUUCUAUUAUUUAAAAAUUUCUUUUAAAAGACAACAUUAAAUUAAAUAAGAAAAGAGAUGAGUAAGAUAAUAACGUUUCCUAUAUGUAAUAUAAUGUCUUUAUUUUUCUGUCACUUUUUUUUAUAGAAUAGUACAUUUUGAGCAAUUGUACGAAUCGCAUGUAAAUAAAUUAUAUUUUGUAGAUUAUUAUGCAUACCGAAUAUAUAGAUCUUAUUAAAACAUGUUGAAUAACACAACAACGAGAGUAAAAAUAUAAAUUAUCAUUCUAUAGGCAAAAUAGUAUCAAUUAAGUUAUGCCAAGCUCGAUGACGGUGGUCUGGAAAUUUGAUUACGUCUAUCCAGUGUCGUAAUCGUGCUCCUUUGCUAUUACAACUUAGUUCAAGUCCACCUAAAUAAAAAUAAGGAAGAUAUUGCUAUAAUAUAUAUACAUAAACUUUUUCAAUACAACAUACAGCAAUAUAAUUAUUAAAUUUGAGAAAGUUAAUGCAUUA